AUGGUUCACGAAACAGCAACCAAGACGAUCAAUCUGCUACAGGAGCAUAUCGACAUGGCUCUCUUUUGUUGUCAGUAUUUAUCAUCUCGACCUUUUACUACAAGUAAGAGCCAAGAUAUCAGUGCCGACAUUCAUUCAGGCUAUUUUGGGUUCUUGGACUACGCCGCUGCUCACUAUGCCGCCCACGUACAUGAGGUUGAGGCUCCAGAGGUUUCCACGGAUUCAGCACCUGGACUUAAGUCUGUCAAAGCAGUAGCAGUUGAUUUGGCAAAAGUACAUGGCAAAGAGGCCUCAGUCGAGACAGGAGAAAUCGCGAAGGCAGCUGAAAACCUGCACCUUGCCAUUCAAGAUAAUGUGCUCGUUGUGCGAAACCUAAUCAGUCUACAAAGAGAGAAGUCUGAAACCGAUGUUUUUGGCGCAACUGAGGGGCCAAUCAGACACAAGUGUCACAAGAUUCAAUGCUCCAAGUUUUCCACGGGGUGUCCGAACGAAGCCGCACUUAAGGAGCACUUAGCAGUGCAUGAGAGACCAUUCCGAUGCCCACAUUCUGAUUGCUUUGGGCAUGGAAUCGGCUAUCCUUCGUCCGAGCGAUUGGAAAGUCAUAAUGAGGCAUUUCACCAAAGCGAGUCCAGGGUCAAGAUAGCUUUUCCAUCUGACCUUCAGACUGGCGAAUGGAACAUUCACGAAGCUUGCAAAGCAGGUAACCUUGACGAAGUUAAGAGGUUUCAUUGUGAGGGAUCUGAUCUCAAGCGCGUUCUUCCAAAGAUUGGCUCGCCUUUGUGCGCUGCUGUCGAGGCUGGACAUGGUGGUAUCUGCCAGUACCUCGUUGACAAUGGAGUUGAUCCUUUCCGUUGGGGAUCUAAUACCGUUGCAAUGAAGACGCCAGUCGUUGCGGCAAUAUAUCGACAGCGCUGGGAGAUCUUGGACUUCUUUCUGUGUAGCGGGAACGGCCCAGACGAUUCCGAGCUGUUGAAGGGUAUUGUCCGGGCGAUACACGCGAAUCAACCAGUUGCAUUGAACAUGUUUCUGACACUAAGACAGCCCGAAUACCAUAUAGCCGUGAUGAAGCUGGUUCCAAAGGAAAUCGUAUCCCAGACAGACCAGAGAUUAGGACAGGAAGACUCUCACCCAGCAGACGCCACUCUAAUACAUACCUGGUUCCAAUAUGUCAAGCCAGAGUUUUACAAUGAGAAAGGGAUAUUCGUUGCACGGCCCGACUGUGAAGAAUACAAGAUCUGGGGAGAUCUAUUUUUUCGACAACAUAAUUUGUUCCGCAAGGCGCUGGGAAUCAAAUGCUUCUCUCUUGCCACAUUUCUUAUGGAUAUCGGAAACGAUGAGUAUCUACAACAUGAUCAUAAGGAUGGAGACACAGCAUUACAUCUCUGCAUGUACCGGAUAUGCAAAGAGGAUUGCAGUAAUUGUUUAUCCAUGGUUCGGCGCAUUCUUCAAUACGACGCUAAAUCUGCCAAUAUUACGAACAACCUAAACGGGCUACCGGCGCAUACAGCAGUUAGGCGUACUAAAUCGCAAGCUAUCUUGCGAGCUGUUCUUAAAAAUACCGGAGAUCUCAACCACAGGGACAGCUCAGGGGACAGUCUAUUGCAUGUAGCAUCAUUUGCUGUCUCGAUUCGCAUGCUACUGGAGAGUAAGUCUGUGGAUCUUUUCAGUCGAAACAACAAAGGACAAACCGCAUUUUCAGCAUGUCUAAAUUAUAUUCUUUAUGCCGACGCCGAGUUAGAGAUUCUCGACCCUCUUUUCAAAGCAGACCCAAGGCUUGCAUGGACACCAGACAAAUCCGAGAUGAGACUCACGCCACUCCAAUACGUACUAGAAUGGAUACCAAACUAUGAUUUCAGCUCUCACUUUGGACGAAAGGCAACCGGACUAAUCAAGUUUUUACUUACAUGUUCCGAAGUGAAACGAGUGCUGGUAGAGUAUCAAGCCAAGUCAACUGAUGCCGAUCGGAAACAAGUGCGAGAAUUUGCAGAGAAGGAAAUGUUACAGGAGGCACUGGAAAUAAUGGAUUCGAUUGGGUUUAACACUACCUGA